GGGAUCCGCCACGCCCGUCAUGGCGGCCGCCCAGGCCGUCUCUGGCCCCGCCCCGUGACGCGGCGUCGGCCACCUGACCCGGCUGCGGGCCGAGGAGACACAAGGGAAGUCGCCGUCGCCGUCGCCGGAUCCGGAGCCGUCGCUGCCCCCGGACCCCAGCACCAUGCCGUCGGAAAAGACCUUCAAGCAGCGCCGCACCUUCGAACAAAGAGUAGAAGACGUCCGGCUCAUCCGAGAGCAGCAUCCCACCAAGAUCCCGGUGAUCAUAGAACGUUACAAGGGUGAGAAGCAGCUGCCUGUCUUGGAUAAAACCAAGUUCCUCGUCCCUGACCACGUCAACAUGAGUGAGCUCAUCAAGAUCAUCAGGCGACGCCUGCAGCUCAACGCCAACCAGGCCUUCUUCCUGCUGGUGAACGGCCACAGCAUGGUGAGCGUGUCCACGCCCAUCUCGGAGGUGUACGAGAGCGAGAAGGACGAGGACGGCUUCCUGUACAUGGUGUACGCCUCCCAGGAGACCUUCGGGAGAGGGCUGUCCGUGUGCCACUAGACAGUGUGCGGAGGUUUCUGAGCCCUUGCCAAGGAGAAAAGGGAUGUUACCAGCUGAGAUGGCUCAGCUCGUCCGGUCCAGGUCGUCAGCACAGUCUUGUUCCCACGUAGGAGUUUCAGGAAGUUGUUUUUGUAUUUCAUGCAGAUAAACUGAUUUCCAGUGAGCACACUCAGCUUUGGAAAGCUCUAUUAUUUAACCUCAGCUACCUUGUUUUCAAAGUUUAGAAGUUUAAAAAUAAAAUACUUUGCAUCCUAAAUUGCCAGCAAAACAGACCUUCAGUUAUUUUAAUGCCUUUCCCUUAGUAGGAACUUGCAGUUGGAGCAGCAACUUAACUUCAGGCAUUCGAGACACCAAGGCCCUUCCCAGCUCAGCGCCGAGCCUUUGUGGAAGGGUUUCCCUCCAUCCCAGGAAAGCUCUCGCCCAGAGCUGGCGCGGUGCUUUUGUGCAGCACGGGGUGGGCAGGAGCAGCGAGCAGGCCUCCCGUGUGAGUCCUGCUCAGCUCAGCUGCUCUGAGAGGCGAGGCCCCGAACCUCGCCGCGCUGUGCCGCGAGUUGAGUCCUGUCGUUUGUGUCUAGUUUCCUUCAAAGCGGUGGGCAGCCGUGGCAUUUUUUCUGCCUGGACUUCUCUGGGCUGAGGCCUCCCAUGGCCCCUGCAGUAGCCAGUGCUGUCCUAAGGCUGCGGUGUGAGCCCCACCCUUUGCCUGUGGCCCAAGUGGCGCGGGGUGGGCUUUUCCAGGAGUGGGCACUUACGGUGUUAGGGAUAGGGUCUCACGUCGCUGACAGUCCCACUGUGUGCCCAGGGCACAGGGCCCAUCCUGCAGCUCACACGAGCCUGUGUGGCAGUGCCACAGAAAGGUCACAGUCACACUGCCACCAAAGCAGGCCACACCCAGGGCCUCCUUUGCCCUUGCAGAGAAGCAGUGAGGCCAUGCCAGGGUCCCUCCUCCUGCAUGCGUGUCCCCCACAGUGACUUUAACCUGUGUGUUUACAUGAUACAUGUCCUCAGCCUGUUUCCUUUAGACUAUACAUGCCACUGUAUCAAGAUCCUUGUAACUACUGUGUAAUCAAUAAGAUGCCUAUACCAGUGCUUUUUAAAAAACAAAUACCAUGCUGAGAGGGCUGUUGUUUGUUUAUAGGCUAUUUAAAACCAGUACUUUUAAUGCACUAAUCAAAUAAAAGAUGCAGCUGAACUGUC